CGUCUAUCCUCAAUCAGUGCAUAAAAGGUCCAUUAAGGUGGCAUAUCGGGGCGACACUGGGAAAUCGUUCCGAGUAACAUUUGAAAACGGCGAAGUGGACCCAAUGAGGAGAGUCCUCAGACUAAUACGCCGAGAAGCUCCGUUAAGCGUAUUCUUUGAUAUGUACGAACACACGUUGCAUCCUAUCCGUCUUACCGACACGCUUUAGUCUCAUGCCUCUUGCACUACCUACACUUUCUGGUGAACAACAACUUUACUGUUGCAAUUGCGUCCCGUGAUAACUUCCAGAUGGUUUCAAACGGUCAUCCAUCCCAAGCAACCUUACGAAGGCUCGCCUGCAAAAGCAAUUAUGCUCCAGUGCCACUUACAGAUCCCGAGCUUCAGGAAAUACGACCUUUGACGGAUGUCGAGGAGCGACUUGCACAGAAGUUCGGGAUGGCCUCUCCUGAAGACAUCGACUCUGUAGCGGUCCUACAAGAAGCCAGAAGGCAUUCUAAAUUGCCGCGGAGACAAUUUCGCAGCGCACUGCUGACUUUCCUUCGAAAGGUCAGCACUUCAGCUUCGGACGAUGAUGAUGAAAAGAAAUUGCACAGACUCUAUCACCUUCGUCUCAAAGACGCGUCCAAUCCUCGCCAGUUAUCAUCUGUCCGAUGUGAAUCUCCCACUCUGACCCGAGGCGCACAAUUCCACAUUGACGCAUCUCGUUUUUGGGCCGUUCUCAUCGGCAUCGAUGCAUACGAUUCUAAUCCUUUACACGGCUGUGUACCGGAUGCAUUAUUGAUGAAGAAACUCCUACUCGAGAACAUCGGCGUGCCAGAACAUCGUAUUCAAUGCCUCCUCGGCACUCGAAAACCCUCUCAUGGCGAUCCAUUAACUCCUUCUCGCGCCAACAUCGUCAACAUGCUCCACAGUCUCAUUAACAACCCUGAAAUCGAAUGGGGCGACAAUAUCAUCAUCUAUUACGCCGGGCACGGCUCGAGCUACCACUGUUCAGAGCAUUUCUCCACUUCACUGGAAUCCCAGUGCAGCAGCAGCAAUGAUAUCUGUCCUAUCGAGGCACUGUGCCCCAUCGAUCGCGAUACCAUAGACGCCGAUGGGCGUCCAAUACCCGACAUAAGCGACCGCGAGCUCAAUGCUCUCUUCUCACAGAUAUCUCGCGCCAAGGGGCAUAAAAUCACGUUCAUUGCAGACUGUUGUCACGCGGGCGGCAUGAGCAGGGAUCCAGAUCCGGAAGCAGGGCUACGCUUCACGCGCGCAACUCUCCGUUCCAAUGUCGACGAUAUGUUACGCGCUGCAGAUGAAAUUUUACCUCACCAUCGAUCCGUGUUAUCGAAGAAUUGGUUUCCAGAUAUGAGUUCUCAUGUGGUCCUGGCAGCGUGUAGGGAUUAUCAGUAUGCAAAGGAAACUUUGGAAAAGGAUGGAUACGGUGGAGUUUUUACCAAGACACUCGUUAGUGUUUUGAAGUCGAAUAACUGGGAGGAAAUGACAUACGUUGGGCUGGCCGAGCGUCUGAAUCGGGACUAUUUCCAGACUCCGGUCGUUGCUGGGGACCAUAAAUAUGAGCACCUAUGGUAUCAGGCAUGAUAUUUAAUGGGUAUCGUAUUAGCGAAAUAAUCAUUUUCGGAAUUUAAUUUUAUCCUCGUGG